AUGGAGUUGGAGAAAGGACCCAAAAGGCGGCAGCUCUGGUGCAGGAUUGAAAUGGAGGUGGAUUCUCUGGAGAGAGAAGAGUCUAUGAUCAGCGUUAAUGAGAGUUUUAUCCUCAGUAGACUCAAGGCAGUGGAGAAAAGUACGGAGGACAUUAUCAAGGAAGCCCACAACAGCUUUGUUCCUGAACCAUUACACAUAACCACAGCAAUCCCUGAAUCCUUCUCCUCACCAGCCAGUGAACAGUCUCUGUUUAACAUGCAGAUCAAUGUGGCUAAAAAUACUGGGGAGAGCUCAGUACUUUCUACGCCUGAUGUUCUUCUGAAAGACUUUCACCAAAACACCGGGCUCAGGGUUCAUGAUGAUGUCCAGAAGUGUGCUUGUGCACUCAACUCUCAGCAGGCAUCACGUGGCCAGAAUGGUGUUUCUGAGCUAUCGGCCAAUGAGGUGGAACAUUUACUGAGAAAUGCUACAAUGCAUGGUGAAGCAAAGCACCAAAACUGGAACAGGGUGGAGGAGCAUGACCUCAGGAAGCAGCCAGGACACUAUGAUGUCCUGCAAAGACACAAAGCAGACAAAGACUUUAGCUCCAACGAAAACAGCCAAAGAAACCCACACAGUGAGCAUCACUACUGUAACCUACUGUACUGUAACCAGGACCAGGACAGCUGUCUUAUCAAAAGGUCUGCAAGCCGCCAGCCCAGUGGCAUGACCAGAAGCAGCAGCAGGAUCACUGAACCAUCCAGGUGCUGCGUACCUCUUAGAACACAUGACCAGGAAAUACUAACACACACACGCUUCAGCUACACUCCCUGUUAUAUUCCUGCUAUUGAUUAUAUCAGUGAGGAAGAACAUUACCGCCCAUCAUUGUACCAGUCAAACAGACAAACUGGGAACAGACACAGAGCACCCCUUACUGGAGAUGACCCUCCUUGCACAGUCCUUAGCGUCUUGGACACUGCUGAGCCAAUCACAGCCAUAUUCAUGGGUUUUCAGUCAGCGUUGGACGAGAGCCGGCAGGUUCGGGAGUUUGAAGGUUCCCUCAAGGCUGAACUGGUCAUUGUUGAGGACGAUGAAGACUAUGAUGACAGCAACAUGAAGGAGAAGAAGAGCCACGGGCACAUUCCAAAGCCAAGCGCAAGCAAUGGAGCUGCUGCACAAGUGCAGGGACUUGGAGACGGACACAGAGAGAGCGCGGUGGGACCAGGCGUCAGAAAGAUCUGGAAAAAACAACAACCGUGCUGUAGUGUCUGCUAACUGAAAGCCUUCUUUUUUACGUGGUGCUGUCUAAAAUGACCGAUUCUCCUCGAGCGCUUAGUGACGACUGCUUUUGUGAAAGGGAAGAUGUGAAAUCAUCUCCAGCUAAUAAACAUGUGACACUGUAACUAAA